AAUGCAAUUUUGAAAAAGCCGGAUUCAGCAACGAAGUUGAGUUAUUUUUGUUUUCAUUUGUUUUUGUUUCAAAAAUAAACAUUAAUGUGCAAGUAAGUCGGCAACUUAACUUUUAUAUUAUGUAAUGUUGCGAAAACAAGAUAGAUUUGUGUGAAUUAAUAUUAAUUGACUAAAUAACAAAAUCAUGUAUAAACUUGAUUGCAAUAACACUACAUAUACAAUACCAUUGGAUUCAUUGGAUCUGACCUAUAUGUCCAGGCAUUUCAAUAAUGGCUCUGCAAAACCAAUGUCUUUGUGGAGAAUUUCUAAUGGAGAAGAUUACUACAAAUUCAAGUUGAAUGCUUGGAGAAUGCCUGAGAGUGAUGACGAGGAAGACGAUACAGACCAUCUACCGUCAGAGUCUCUUCUAUGCCAUACAUGUAACAUAUAUGUACCAGUAAUGUAUGUAAAUGAACACAAUAACAGUGAAAAGCACAUCAAUAUGAAGAAGAUAAUUAAUUUAAUGAUGCUUAGAACGAGAAAUUGUGACCUCAAGUACACUUCUGAACCACCAGAGGCAAAAUCUUGUUACUAUUGUGAAGACUGCUCCUUAGUGAUUUCAAAAAAAGACAGCGAAAGCCACACCCAAUCAUAUACACACAAAAAAUCAUUGAGGAACACAUGUUUGAUUGAACAAUUUCUGAAAUUCUACUCUGAAGAUUUAAAUGAUAAUAAAAAAAUUAACACAACACCUUUACAAGAUUAUUGCAACAAGUUUGUCAACAGGAAAAACUUAUCUUUCAAAAUAAAUGCCCUAAAUGGAGAUACUCUAAGAAUAAUCGUAAAUAGAAAUGAUUUAAAAAUACAUUUUAAUAACUUUCAUGGUUUAGUGGAAACGGAAACGGAAAUGAUAUGUAUAUUGUGCGAGGUUCAAGUUGGCAGAGUUUUAAAGUUAAUAGAACAACAUAUUGAAAGUAAGAAACAUAGAAAGAAAGUUACACGUAAUAUAGAUGGGGAACAUUGCAUUAGAGAGUUGAAUGACAACUUCACUCAUUGUAUUAUAUGCAAUGAAUUGGUACUACUCACCAGAGUUGCCGGUCACAAGAUACUGAGCUAUCAUACCGCUAACCUCAACAUGGCUCAAGGCAAAAAAAAUACCGGUGAUUUUAAUAAAAACCAUAUAUUUUCUAAUGUAACUAAAGAAAAUUCAUUUAGAAAGUAUUUAAAAGAUGAGUUAAUCGAUAAUGAUAAUGUUGUAAGUGAAGAUAUUUCAGAAGAAUAUGAAUUAGGUUACAAACAUCCCACUUCAAAUGUAAUCCAUACUAAAAAUACUUUAUUUUCCAUUGAUUUAAAUAAAUCUCCUGCAUCUACAAGUUUUAAUAAUAAUAUUUUCAAUCAGUUACAAUCUAAUAAUUAUGUUGAAGAGAAAAAUAUAAGAAGCUAUAUUAAACUAACAAAUGACCUAAACAAUGAUGCAGACACUGAUUUACCAUGUGCAUCAGUCGCUCGGACCCAGUGUUCUAAUGAGGGAGAUAUGAAAGUAGAUAAUAUUGAUCUAGCUGUAGAAGAACCUCUCAAAUAUAAUGCAGUAAAAGAUUUAGACAUGGACCCGAUCGAAAUUCCAUCAAAUUUUGUAGAUAAAAUACAGUACCUAAUACUUGAAACAAUUAUCGAGAAGGAAAUUAUUUGUAAAGUCUGUAAUGUACUGAUGUCUAAUUCGGAUUUAAAUAUGUUCAAACAUUUCAAUGGUGAAGGUCAUACAGUUAAAUAUAACGAAUUAUUGAAAAUUAAUAGAGUGACAAAAGCUCAAAACAAAUUCUUUUGCUAUUCAUGUAAAGCUUCUAUUACAAGUAAAAAUGAGUUGGAACAUAUAUUAGGUGUAAAGCACAGAAAUAAAUUUCUGAACGAUACCGAUUAUGAACAAGUAUUUUGUGGAUUUUGCAAAGUUAAUAUUUCUGAAUCAGUACAAGAACAUCAAAAUAGUGAUGGCCAUUUACAAGCAUGCAUAUUCAAUGGUGUAAAUGUCCAAGAACAAAUACAAGAAGACGGUGAAUUUUCCGACAAACCCAAUAUUAUUGCUAAUGAAAUUAGUAAAGUGUCAGAUACAGAGACUAACAUUUACAUACCACUUGCAAAAACAGAAAACGUUUUUCUAAAACUCCACUAUCAUCUUGCAAAAACGGCCAAUCCUUAUAAAUUGUUAUGCAAAAUUUGCAAUAUAUUUCUCACAAAUACUGUGGUCAGAAUUGACGCUCAUAUUGAAAGUUUUUACCAUACAAAUAAAUAUAAAUCUUUAUUAGACUCACAUAUAAUAGAAAAGGAUGGCAAUAGAUUCCACUGUAAGACUUGUGAUGUGUUUGUCACUAUUAAAAAUGAGAUAGAACAUAUAGCUGGUGUUAAACACAAGAGCAAGCUGACCGGAGCGUCGGAUACUCCUAAAAAUGAUCAACAAACUCUAGAUGGUGCAGAUAUUGAAAUUUCUAAUGAUAAUAUUAAUUCAUCAGUUAAAGAUGUUGAUCCUUUAGUUCAAACGCCUGAAAGCCUAAUUGCAGAGGAUGAAGAAACUAUAGAUGAUAUAGAAUAUCACACCGAUGACGACAUUGAUGAAAUAUCGUAUGAAGAAACGACAAAUAUUACAUCAAUUGAAAAAAUUGAAAUUGAUCGCGCAAAUAUCGCAACAACACAUUAUCAUGUUGUAAAAACAUCAAAUUACUAUGAAGUACUAUGUAAAGUUUGUGAUGUGGUACUAUCGAAUUCUGCUACCAAUAUCGAAACUCAUAUUCAAGGAUAUUCUCACUCGUAUAGAUAUAAAAAAAUAUUGGAAUCUAAUAGAAUUGUAAUUGAUGGCAAUAGAUUCCACUGUAAGACUUGUGAUGUGUUUGUCACUAAUAAAAAUGAGAUACAACAUAUAACGGGAUAUAAACACAAGAGUAGGUUGACUGAAGCUGUGGAUACUAUUAACAACGAUGAACAAACUUUAGAUGAUGCAGAUAUUGAAACAUCUGAAAGCCAAAUAACAAAAGAUGAAGAAAAUAUAGAUGAUAUAGAAUAUCACACCGAUGACGACAUUAGUGAAAUAUCGUAUGAAGAAACGACAAAUAUUACAUCAAUUGAAAAAACUGAAAUUGAUCGCGCAAAUAUCGCAACAACACAUUAUCAUGUUGCAAAAACAUCAAAUUACUAUGAAGUACUAUGUAGAGUUUGUGAUGUGGUACUAUCGAAUUCUGUUACCAAUAUCGAAACUCAUAUUCAAGGAUAUUCUCACUCGAAAAAAUAUGAACAAUUAUUAAAAUCUAAUAAGAUAGAAAAGGACAAUAAUAGAUACCGUUGCAAUAUUUGCAAUGUAUUUGUUAGUAUUAAAAAUGAGUUGGAACACAUAUCUGGUUCCAAACACAGAAUCAACGCGCAAAAUUAUACAAAUCCUGUGGCUUCAACUCUUGUGGACGACUAUGAUGAAGAUAUCUUCGAUAAUUUACAAAUAAUAAACAGAUUAACUAAUAUUUUAAAAAUGCUUAAGAACAAUUUUGAAAACAAUUGUUGAAAAGUUAAGAUGUCUGAAGGAUUAUAUGUGCCAAAAAAGGCACUGACAAUAUUUUUAUUUGCAUAUCACUUGCAUGAAAGUAGCCAUAAAAGAAUUCCCACAUUCCCUAAAAUUCAUAAAAAAUAGUCGGUAGGUAUUUUUAAGGCCAACAAAAAGUUGUCUGUAUUACAGAAAAUAGCCACUUUUUUUUUAGAUUAUUUUUUCACAAUCGCUUUUCAGCCAAUAAUAGGAUUACGACUUAUUACUUUAAGUUUAAGAAAAUAUACAGUUACAGUUCAUGUUACGAAUCUUAAUAACUAUCAAGAUUGGAUCCUCGAUCAAAUCUAACAACCAGUAUAGUUCCUAGUUCCUUACGAAAUGUGCGAAUGAGAAACACAUACAUUAUUGUACGUGUCUCUUAUUGGCACGGAUUUUUUUUAUGUUAACAAUAGAGGCCAUAUAGUGAGCUAAGAAAAUAAUAACCCUUAUUUCUAUAAAUUAUAAGACAUGGUCUCAAGACUCAAUUUGUCGUAAUGUUUUGUGGUGAAUUAUGUUUAGGAAAGGCAAAGCCUUGGUUUUUACUUUUAUAAUCGUUUUAAAACUGCUGUGAUUUUAAUAAAGUUACUGGUAU